AUGAUGGUGCUCAUCCUUGCUGUUCUCUUGCUGUCGUCGACGGCGCUGGCGGGCGGGGUGGCCGUCACGCCAUGUGCUCACUGCGCUGCGGACCCAGCCAAAGUGUGGUGUCCGGAGGACAUGUCGUGUCAUGCAGCAGGCAACUGCACCUGUGGGACGAGCUGCCUUGACCUUGUCGAUUGCUUCGUGCAGGAGACGACGUGCGCCCGGUGCGUAGGCAGCGGCGGCACCUUCUGCACCCGUCCGGCCAAAGGGCACCGGCCGUGCUUCUUCGCCGUCGGCGCGGCCCGGCACGCGUCAGCGGCAGCGCACGAGGAACAAUGCAGCGAGGUGUGCUUGGAGGGCGGCCGCUGCCUGUCGCGCCUCGACAAGUGCCCGAAGAGGCCUGUGGACCCCGUGAUGUUCAGCUGGUUCAUCGUCAACGUUGCAGUUGCGGUGGCCAUCGCGGUGUUCGUCGUCAUCGUAUUGUACGCCGGCAUGGCAAGGGCAAAGGCGGAUGUUGCGGCAUCGCCGACUGAGCACGGGUGA